UUCAAUUGAAAGCAUUUGAAUCAAAGAAUGAGAAUCCUCACAUUAUUAAAUUUCAAACACACAAAUCCGUUACGUUUCCUUCAUCUCCACUGUGAUCUCUCACGACAGAGCAACCGAAAAUGGAGGCCAAAAUCGCUGCAGAAAACGGCAAAACUGCAAUCGGAGAAGACGGUUCCGUCGCCGGCUUCGAUUCCCUGCACCGCCUCCUCCAAUCUUCCCUUCCUCCCCACCUUUUCCAGGAAGCUAGCCGAUUGCUUAUUGGGCUAAACUGUGGGAAAACGCUUGAUUCUGUUGCUCUUCCCGAGCCUGCCAAAUCUCUUUCUGUAAACCAUGAUUUUGAUCUUCAGGCGUUUUCGUUUCGUGCUGAUAAGGAAUCAUUGAGAGAGCCUCGCCGUGUGAGGGUGGGCCUGAUUCAGAAUUCUAUAGCUCUUCCAACUACAGAACCGUUCCUUGAUCAGAAACGAGGCAUCUUUGAGAAAUUGACACCGAUCAUUGAAGCCGCAGGCACUUCUGGAGUCAACAUACUAUGUUUGCAGGAGGCAUGGACGAUGCCAUUUGCAUUCUGCACUCGCGAGAAGAAAUGGUGUGAGUUUGCAGAGCCGGUAGAUGGAGAGUCGACAAAAUUUCUUCAGGAGUUUGCUCGGAGGUACAACAUGGUUAUAGUGAGCCCUAUCCUUGAAAGGGACGUGAACCACGGGGAGACGCUUUGGAACACUGCUGUGAUAAUUGGAAAUCAUGGCAACAUAAUCGGGAAGCACAGAAAGAAUCAUAUACCUAGAGUUGGGGACUUCAACGAAAGCACGUACUAUAUGGAAGGGAACACCGGGCAUCCUGUGUUUGAGACGGCUUAUGGAAAGAUUGCUGUCAAUAUAUGUUAUGGGAGGCAUCAUCCUCUUAACUGGUUAGCUUUCGGGUUAAAUGGUGCCGAGAUAGUUUUUAACCCAUCAGCAACUGUGGGUAAACUCAGCGAACCAAUGUGGCCCGUUGAGGCACGUAAUGCAGCCAUAGCGAAUAGUUACUUUGUGUGUUCGAUCAAUCGUGUUGGCACUGAGCAUUUCCCAAAUCCAUUCACCUCAGGGGAUGGGAAGCCACAGCAUGCAGAUUUCGGGCAUUUCUAUGGCUCCAGCUAUGUUUCAGCGCCCGACUCCUCGUGCACGCCAUCUCUGUCCCGGUACAGGGAUGGCUUGCUGAUAUCGGACAUGGAUCUUAACCUCUGCCGGCAACUAAAGGACAAGUGGGGAUUUCGCAUGACUGCCCGGUACGAGAUCUAUGCAGAUUUGCUUGCUCAUUACGUGAAGCCCGAUUUCGAACCCCAGGUCAUUGCUGAUCCACUGUUGCAUAAGAAAGCAGUUUAAUGAGAUGUGGAAGAAACUAGGAAUUGGCUUUUGUUGUAUUUGUAAUGUGCCUUUGCCAUAAACAUUGCAAGCUUCUUUAAACGUCAAUGCUGUGCUUUCUGGUAAA